AAGGAUUGAAUCUCUGAGACUAAUGUCUCACUUGUUAUGAACAGAAUUGACUAACAGAUAUUACCGUUGAAAAGUGUAAAAAUUGCUAAAAUCAUGACUACUUUGGAGCAAAAAAGACAAAAACUACUGCAAUUCAGUGGUGCGAUGGCCGCCCCCUUCACCCCCUUCGACGACAAGGGAGAAGUGAAUGUCUCGCAGAUUCCCAAAUAUCUCACGUAUUUGGUGGACAACAAAGUGGACGGCCUAUACAUCUGCGGCACCACCGGUGAGGGCUAUAGUCUGACCAACGAUGAGAAGAUAGCUAUCGGCGGCGCCCACUAUACCCCUCUACUACUAUCACAACGCCAGACGUGUUGGGGAAUUGAGUUGUAA